AUGCCCGACUACCCUUUGGCGCCGCAGCCCCCAACAAACAGGCCAGGGCGAGAGCUGGACCCUGGGCCACGUCACCACGAUGUGCGCCUGGCUGAUUCCCCUUCUUUCCCCCCCUUUUUUUUCCCCUGGGCGCCUGACACGGGGGCAUGCCCCCCCUUUCUCCCCCAUUCCCAGCACAUGCCCGACUACCUACUGGUGCCGCAGCCCCCACAACCUCCAGCAUACGGGCCAGGGCGAAAGCUAGACCCUGGGCCAUGUCACCACGAUGUGCGCCUGACUGACCCUGCAUGCCCCCCCUUUUUUUCCCUGGGCGCCUUACACGAGGGGCACGCCCCCCCUUUUUUCCCGUCCCAGCACAUGCCCGAGUACCCUUUGGUGCCGCAACCCCCAACGUACGGGCCAGGGCGAGAGCUGGACCCUGGGCCACGAGAGAAUGGGACGAUUGACGGCAAUGGGAGGCCGUGGUGGGAAGCGAUGGAGAGGAAGAGCUUGCACCACAUGCGACCCCACGUGAUAGAGAUCCAGAGCAGCUGCCACGUGGCAGUGUCCCAUUUGACGCUGGUCAACGCGCCCUUCUGGUUCAUCCGCCCCCUUUACUCCUCCCACCUCUCCUUCCGCCAUCUCACCAUCUCUUGCCCCAGCAAUGUUAGGCAGACAGACGGCAUUGACCCUGACUCCAGUACGCACGUGCUUAUAGAGGACUGCCACGUCAGCACGGGGGAUGACGCCGUGGCAAUAAAGAGCGGAUGGGACCAGUACGGGUACAACGCCCACCCCCCUGCACCCUCUGCCGAUAUCACAGUGCGCCGAGUCACCGUGCAGUGUGGCGAGUCACCGUGCAGUGCACCGAGUCACCGUUCAGGUGGGUGCAGUGCUCCCCCCCUUGUCUCUCUCUGCCUCCUCCUGUCUCCUCCUGCGCCUACUGCACCCUCUGCUGACAUCACAGUGCGCCGAGUCACUGUGCAGGUGUUCCCUGGCAGUGGCGGCGUGGGCCUCUCGAUCGGCAGCGAGAUGAGUGGCGGCGUGCAGAGAGUGAUACAACUCUGGAACAUUGAUUUGAGUGCUUCUUCUUCCCCCCACUCACGCGCACACACAAAUGAACAGGUGCCACCUGGCAGUGGCGGCGUGGGCCUAUCAAUCGGCAGUGAGAUGAGUGGCGGCGUGGAGAGAGUCAUAUUCGAGGACUGCCGUGUCCUUGGUGCUGACGUGGGCAUCAGAAUCAAAUCCGCUGCCGGCCGAGGCGGGUUCGUUAAGAAGUGA